UCGCCUGCAGAAUCCAUCCUGGUUCGCGGGGCUUUUUGGAGGGCCAUAGCUCUUCUACCCCUUCCCCGGCUCGAAGCUUGAAGAUCCCUGUCACGGAUCUGCAACACCUUUCCCCAUCACCCCAUCAAAUUGGCGUGUUGCCCCAGAUCGGUCGACCUCGUUCGAGCUCCCAUCGCCUUGGCUAUCUGCUUUAAAUUAAAUCUAAUCGCUCGUGGCUUCACGGGUACUCGUUUCUUAUACCCCGUUGCUUUCUCUAAUUGUUACCCAACUGUGCUGCUUUCAAGUCUAUUCCCGUAAAAGCCAGACACCAUGGAUGUCGCGUACAAACAACAUUCCAACCAAGCUCGGCGGAAGAACCACUCGUCCACCAACCUCAGUCACUUGACUCUAGCACCCCUCACAUUGAAGCUUCCCCUGACCGAUCCAGAAGACCUGCCUGAAUUUGUAGCUUCACCCCUUCAGCACAACGUCUCUUAUCUUCAAGGCAAAUCCGCUCCAACGACGCCUAGAUUGCUGGCCCGUUCUCCUGCUAGGGGCAACUCACGUAGCCGUCGGUCCUCGAUCCAUGAAAUCAAACCAGAUGCAGACACAUUGACCAAGAGCAAAUCUGCUUCGCACCUAGCUGGUUUCUCCAGUGGGCAGAAACACAGAGCGUCGGGCACGUAUACACCAACAACUCGCAGGCGGGGAGAGGAGCAUACGACGCUAUCUAUAGAAUAUCGCAAUGAUAGCGAUUGGAUGCUGCGAGCCGGAGCUUUGAUCAGUACAGAGAUGCGUGAAUCGAAGGGCCAAGCAUGGCUUGUUACCAGGCAAAGUUCAACCAGCCUAGCUGGCCUGCGGGACGCCGAGGAAGAAGCGUUCGCGCGAGAGUUUGCGAGGGAAAAGGAAUUGGCCAGUAGACGUGGAAGUCGCCGUGGGAGUCUAGCCCACGAGGGCACUAUCACGUCUCCCACAAGCCAUGUCGGUAGCCGUUCUCACAGCAGGAAAGGGAGCAGGAAUAUCCCUCGAACGCCACUUAGAGAUCAUUUGGAUGAUGGCUACUUUGGCCACUUUGGCCAGGAGAUCUCCGCGUCCGAAGAAUAUAUACAAGGACCUGAUUUUGUUAGCUUGGACGAAAAGCUUGAAGCUGUCCAAAUCGACACAUCUCAGGCAGACGAGGCCACUGUGAGGAGAUUGGUGAAACAAGAAAAUGCAGGUAUGGGUUCAUGGAUGGGCAACCUCAUUGGCUGGUCUCUGUUCUCAGUUGAAGAGCAAGAGGAGUCGGAUAUCGGCGAAGGGGACGAAUCUGAAGCAGGUGAAGUGCGAAGCAACUUGUCUCACAGUCCGAGCCGCAGACGGUUUGAAGACGUCGCGUCUGCGUCAGAACCUCGGAUGCCUCCACCUAAAGCUGAUGAUGGCGGUUGGAAUGACGCUGCUUGGUUAUUAAGUGUUGCUUCCAAGGUAUUACUAUAGACACCAGUGCAUGAGUGACAGCUCUACUGUCGUUCCUGGAAGCAUCAAUUGUCCAUAAUACUAUAUGUCAUCUAGAAU